UCAACUCUUUUGUACGAGGUUUGGUUUUUGACGUGGGAUUCAACGUUCAAUUUCUUUUGUGGAGGUUAGCUUAUGCUCCCUUGAAUCAUUCUUUGCAUGUUUUUGUCUCUUUUGUUAUUCUCAUAACCUCAAACCACCCAAGAGAAAGCAGCCUUCCCACACCUAAGGCUGGUUAUUUGCAAUUUUCAUACUUUAAGAUUUUGCAGAUAAACUCUAUCCAUUUGGAUAGAAUCAUGGAAAGCAUUGAUGAUGAAUCUGAUGAGCGGUUACUUUCUCUUUCUUCCACUGAAAUGAGUGAUAUUUCUGACGACCCAGAGGCCGUCCCUCGUGUUGGACAUGAGUACCAGGCAGAGAUUCCACCUGUUUUUAUGAAAGAUGAUUAUUUGCAACAAAUGGAUGAUCCAGCUGAAUUAAAUACCAUGAUUAAUCUGUCAAACCUGUUUUCUCUGGGAUUGCCCAUUCCACUUAUCUGGGCAAAAAUUGAAAAUAUUAAUGGGACUGUAGAGUUUGAGAAUGGUGAAGGGAGCCAGAUUACUUCACAUGAUGAAUAUCCAGAACCUAAAGAUGCUUCUUGGGGUAGUGUGUUGUGUGAUGGGAAUGAAAUCGUACCUCAGGAAUCAAAAAAUAAGUUGUAUCAUAUAGACAGAGGUCUCUGUCUUCUUCCUGGUUCUUUGGGUGAAUCUUGGACUCAAAUUGAAUGUGAGAGUUUUCUCCUAGGUCUAUAUAUCUUUGGAAAAAAUCUUAAUCUUGUGAAGAGAUUUGUUGAGAGUAAAGGGAUGGGGGACAUAUUAUCUUUCUAUUAUGGGCAGUUCUACAGAUCUGAGGGAUACCGCGGAUGGUCAGAACACUGGAAAUUAAGGAGCAAACGUUUUGUGCAUGGACAAAAGAUAUUCAGUGGAUGGAGGCUACAGGAAUUGUUAUCAAGACUAGUUUCUCAUGUCUCAGAGGAAAGCAAAAAUAUAUUGCUUGAGGCUUCUAGGAAAUUUGUUGAGGGAAAGAAAUCUUUUGAAGAAUAUGUUUUCACUUUAAAGAAUACUAUUGGUGUCAAGAUGCUCAUUGAAGCAGUAGGUGUCGGUAAAGGGAAGCAAGAUCUCACAGGCACUGCCAUGGAGCCAAUAAAGACCAAUAAUGUGUUUUCUCUUCAUUCUGAAAUACCAGUUGGCAAAGCUUGCUCCUCUCUUAAAUCUGCCGACAUUAUAAAGUUUCUAACAGGAGAUUUCAGGUUAAGUAAAGCCCGAUCAAAUGAUUUAUUCUGGGAAGCUGUUUGGCCUCGUCUUUUAGCACAAGGAUGGCACUCUGAGCAGCCUAAGGAUCAUGGCUUUUCUGGCUCAAAAAAUUCGUUGGUUUUUCUUAUACCUGGUGUUAAGAAGUUCUCAAGAAGGAAACUUGUGAAAGGUGACCAGUAUUUUGAUUCCAUCAGCGAUGUGUUGAAUAAAGUUGCAUCAGAUCCAGGGCUGCUUGAGCUUGAAAGUGAAGCAGCAAAAGUUGUUGAACACAAGGAAGAACAUAAGUUGGACCAACCAACUAAGCAAGAAUCAGAUGGUUUGUCAAAUAAGCAACAUCAUUGUUACCUGCAGCCACGGAAGUCAAAUCACGUUCGGCGUCUAAUUCAGUUCACAAUUGUUGAUACUAGUUUGAAUCAAGGAGCAGGACGACGUAAAGUGAGAGAGCUUAGAAGUUUACCUGCUGAAAGUUCUACUCUAUCUGCCCCUUCGAGCAGUUCCUGUGAUUCUGAGGAAGAUACAUCUCAUGAUGAAGAAGAAGAAACUCAUACCCAUGCUACUGCAGAUAACAUGACUGACAACGGAGUGCGUGUGGACUCAUCAGAUUGUGCAAAUAGUAUUCUGAAUAAUAGUAUGCCUAACAGCCCUAGUUCCCCAAAUGUAGCAGUAGACAAGCAGCAGCAGCUGGAGUUUUGUAAGUAUCAGUUCUGCCAGAAUGCAAAUGCUAGCCGUUCGAACUGUUUGGCCCCUGCUAUUGAACCUCAGGAUUUAACACCUUGCAACCAUGGAGAUUCUAGCUGCAGCAUCAACAAUAUCUGUGUGGAUCAGAAGCUAGAUGAAAAUGUGUCAGAUCUUAGACCAAGUUUGAAUGAUGCAUGUGACAUGGUUUGUCAACAGGGUCUUCCCCAAAAUUUAUCUCCUGCCAGAUCUUUAGCUAAAGGCAGUCCAGAUAGGAGCUAUGAAGGAAAUGUAACUGAAGAUUGCGUGGAUAGAGGCUUAUCUGCCGAGAAACCUGAACACCAUACAUUGAUAGACUUGAAUUUACCUCAAGAUCCAUCAGAGUUAGGAAGUGAUGGACCAUUCACUGACAUGGUGCAGAAUAGUGACAAUGCUAGCGAGAACAAAUCAUCUACUGUAAUUGAAACCAACCAUCAAGAUGGGGAAUUGAAGUUUGUUGAUAAUAGUAGAGAUCAACAGCCCAUCAUGAACAACCGAAGGCAGAGUACAAGGAACCGACCAUUGACUACAAAAGCGUUGGAGGCUUUAGCAUUCGGGUACCUUAGCCCGAAGAGAAAGAGAAAGGACACUGAGACUCCUCAGUGUAAGUCAAUGUCAAAAACUUCAAGACAAGUUCGUGGGAAGACUAAUGUUAGUGGGACUCUUAGCAAUGGUGCUGGAACCAAUAUUGCUGACUCCAGAAUAGAGCAGAGGAGCUUGGGUGCAUUAUGUGGUAACACCAACAUAGUUGGCGAGUCUCAAGUGUGAUGGUUGUAAAAAAAUGUGCAAGUCUUCGCAAAGGGGGGUUUUUACAUUACAUUUUGCAGGUUUUUUGUUGGGAUUAAAUAGUUACAUUACAGUGGAAGAAAAUCACAGGAAACCUCCUGUGUGCCCAAGUAGAGUAGCACUUGCUUGUGACACAUGUGGCCCUCGGAGUAUAGAAAAUAUGACACAGACAGGUAUAUAAUGCAGAAUUGAGAUUAUUUAGAUAGGCCGAAGAUCUUGUUUUCAAAGUUUCUAAAAUUUUACAGUCUUAUCAGCAAAAAGGUGAAUUUUCAUACUUAUCAUUUUGUUGAAAUAAGUAUGUAACUGCUCUUGUCUAUUUUCAUACACAUUUUCAGUCUUA